CUACAACAAGUGUUGAGAUGUUUACCUCCAACCCUGCUGAGGUCCAAUUCGAUGUGGUUAUGCACCAGCAAAUUCUUUUCUUGGCCAACAAUUUCUGCCUGUGUCCAGGUGCUAGAAAGGUUUCGACUGAUAGCGUAUUGGACACAAGCACCCAAGGUGAAGAUUUGGUGAUUAAACAACCAUCUCGGACUAUAAAAUCAAGGAAGAAGAAUAGAUUGCUCAAGUCAAGGAAUACAAAGGAAGGUCUGUUCCAGCUACAGCGAAUCUUAGAUAGUUAUGCUGGAACUGAGGAACUAGUGGUCGCAAGAUCAGCAAAAUCUAAAAACAAUACUAGACUUCACAAAUCUGGAAGAAGGUCUAGUUACAUAGGGGUAUCUAAGAAUGGAGAUGUCUGGCAAGCCCUUAUAAUGAUUGACAGCAAGAAGACCUACAUUGGGUCCUACCAUACUGAAAAGGAAGCUGCUAUGGCUUAUGAUUUCUUCUCAAUUGUUCUCAAGCAACUUGCUGCGAAGACAAAUUUCGAUUAUUCAUUGACAUUACUCAAGAAGAUGGUCCAUAACUAUCAUUCAAAUGACCAAGAGUUUGUCCCUUCUGAGUGACUAUAAAUUCUAUUAUUUAAUUAACAUUAUUUCACCAUAUCACUCUCU